UGGCGGCCGGACCCGCGUAAUUUGGAGAUCUCACAGAGGCGAACGCGGCCUAGCGGUGGGUGAAAGCCUCGGGCUUUCCGUAGCCGCUCUGACCGGCCAGCUGAGGGCACACUCGGCGCUCAUUAUCCUGCCUUAAUGUUGUCAGUGACAUCCUGUGACAAGUAAACGUGUUGACAAAGGAAGAACCAUGGCUUUUGAGGAGAUCAAGGGUAAAGGAGGAAUGGAUGUGGGGAUGGAGGGAGACAGGGGUCUUGUAGCUGGUCGUAGCCAGAGAGAAAAGAGGAGGUCGUACAAGGACCUGCUAAGGGAGGAGGAGGAGAUUGCUGCUCAGGUCCGAAAGUCUUCCAAGAAACGACCUAAGGAUUCAGAACUUUUCAUGCUCGGUGGGGACUCACACAAAAAGAAGAAAAAACAUAGUGAUGACUACUAUUACAGAGACCACGAUGGCUCAGGUCCACCUCCCCACAAGAAAAAGCACAAGUCUGCAGACCGCUCCCCAACUCUGUCUUCCCCGUCAUCCUCCCACCCGACAGAUACAGCAAUGGGCCUCCUGCAGGCCAUCACCUCUCCCCUGGCCACAGGUUCGGACCCCAGCCCCCACUUACACAAGAAGCCCUCCUACCCCUCCUUCUCCUCACACUCCUCCAAGGAGCGCAAACGUGAGAGCAGCAGCAGCAGUGGAAGCAAAGGGAGCCACUCCUUCUCUCACUCCCACCCUGUGUCUUCCUCAUCAUGUUCCUCCAAGAAGCACUCCUCCUCUUCCUCAAAGUCUUCUCUGUUCCAUGGUGGAGCUCCCAAAGAGGAGCCUUUGACUUUACGUGAGGCCGACGGGCUAAAGAUGAAGCUCAUCAUGUCGCCAGAGAAAGAGGAAGGAGAGAGCUUCCCAUUCACACCGCACUCAUCCAAAGGAAGCGUGAAGAAAGAGAAGGAUAGAGACAGGAUGCAGGUCUCAAAGUCACCAAAGAAGAAGCUACAGCAGAGUCGAGAUCCACUGCCUGUAGUGGGGAAAGAGGUGGAGGUGGAAGGUCAUUAUGGAGGUGGCAUGGGAGAUGAUAGUUCUUCAUCUGGGGGCGAGCUGGAGGCAGGGGAACUAGUUAUAGAUGAUUCAUACACACACCUGUCAAAAAAGAAGAAGAAGAGCAAGAAAAGCAAGAAGAAAAAGGACAAGGAGAAAGACAGAGAUAAGGAAAAAAGUGGGAAGGACAAGAAGCACAGUAAAGGGUUUGGAGACUCAUCGAGAGCCCACAGCCACUCUCAGCCAACUGUCACUCACAGUGCCGUUGGUCCAAUGUAUGCCAUGGGCACACCCAUCCCUCCACACCACCAUCAAGGCAGUGAUGGAGUGACAGAGAAGAAGAAGAAGAAAGAGGAAAAAGAUCGGGAAAAGCAUGAGAAAGAUAAAGAUAAGCCCAAGAAGAAGAACACAACAGCAUAUCAGGUGUUUUGUAAGGAGUACAGGGUGAACAUAAAUGCAGAACAGCCUGGACUAGUCUUUGGUGAGCUAAGCAAAAAGUUGGCAGAGGUGUGGAAGGCGAUGCCUGAGAAAGACAAACUAGUUUGGAGGCAGAAAGCUCAGUAUCUGCAGCACAAACAGAACAAAGCAGAGGCCACAACAAUCAAACACAAGAACUCCAGUGAGAGCAAAAGCAAAGUUGUAGGAACAGGAACAGGGAUGGUGUCACCGAACAGAGCUCCCGGCACUAUGUCCCUGUCCCCUGCACGAGUCCCAGAUGUUGAUCCUAUCGAUGCAGCAGCUCACCUGCAACUACUAGGAGAGUCCCUGUCCCUGAUUGGACAUCGACUACAGGAAACAGAGGGGAUGGUUGCUGUGUCCGGUAGUCUGUCUGUACUUCUGGACUCCAUCUUGUGUGCACUGGGGCCACUGACCUGUCUCACAGCACAGAUACCACAGUUAAACGGAUGUCCUCGAAACGUCCUGUCAAAUACGUUGGAUAACAUUGCCUACAUCAUGCCUGGACUGUGAGUAAAGGAAAGAUUAUGAGUCUGGAGAGAUUUGUCAUCAAAAGUCAUCAGAUGUGACUGGAAUGGUUCUUUUUCAGUAGUGACCCUUGGACUUGUGUCAACAUGUUUUUAAAAUGUAUUUAAAAAAAAAAAACCUCAUUCUCUUAAUUUUCUAAUUGUCAUAUUUUUUAAACAAAACAUUUUACUGAACGAGCUAAUGUUUUGUGGCACGUCAGCUUAGUUUUACUGUUACUGUACAGUGUGCUGUUGUAUGAAUGAGUGUGUGCCUGUAUGUAAAGUACUGAAUGUGUGUGUGCUUUUUAUUUAGCUGGUAAGUGGGUUUGACUGUUAGUGUAUGACUGCUGAGUGUCCUGUAUAUUGGAUUUGUUUUUUUUUACCAAAAUGUACAGGAACAUUUAAGUCGUUCUCUUUUGCUCGUCAUCAACAUAAUGUAAUAUAUUUAACACCUGGUUCUUUUUUCUUUCACCAUGUAAAAAGUACUGUCAUGCCUUGCUGUUUUAUAGAUUUGAUAUUUUACUGUGCAUACAGCAUUUAGAUUUUGAUCGUACUGUAGAAGUUCAGAGGUGAUAGAAAACACCUUUUAGGAGCAUCCUUGUUGUAAUCAAGAGCCGUUCAAGCAAUUCACUGUCAGAGCUUCAAAUUUAACAAAUGGCAACAUUAAAAUAUGAUCUGUUCAGCUACGAUGCAGCUUCUGUUUUAGUAGCCACACUUGCAGUGUUGCUCAGGGGAUGUCGACUGUAGUCCAGGCUGGCAUAUUUCAAUAAACCUCUUGAUGGAU